AUGGGCGAACAGAAGCUCAACUACACAAUCGCAAAAGAAAAUUGCGCCGAGUUGGCGCUAAACUACACAAAUACAGUUGGCUACCCCUCCUUCUUUAGAAAUCAACUAGAAUGGGACCAAUAUCACGAAGAAGUUCAACAUCGACGAGAAUGGCUUGGAUAUGAGCAGCAGAAUGGUGACAAUGAUCAGUGGCUGAACGCGGAUGGGUCUGAAGUAACUUUCAGAUUUUGGGAUGAUGGUCAGCCAAACUACGAUCACCAGGAUUGCGCAAUCACCGGUUAUGAUUAUAAUCGAGAAUGGCAUGAUGUCACGUGUUCGCAGGAGGAAAAAUACUCUUGUCGGCUCGAGCAAAUAACAACCACGACCACGACCACGACAACGACAACGACGACUACAACUACAACUACAACUACAACUACAACAGAUCCCUGCCCAUGCACUCAGGGAGUUGCCAACGCGAUGAACAGAAACGAAAAAGCUUUAUGGAAAUGGAAUCGAAUGAAGCCUUAUUUCCGGACCAACACCGCUUCUUCAUUCCAAAUCGCUUCAAAGACUGCUGGUAACUUGACCGCAUAUCAAGGCUAUUUGCUUUUCUCCCGCAAAACAUGCAAACAAUUGGUGCUGAACAUGUUCAAAGAUGACCCUGCAUUUUCAUAUGACAUCAUUGAUCGCCGCCAGAAAAAAUCAACAUAUCCAAUGCCAAAUUAUGACGCUUUCAAUACAGUUUAUUAUCGAGAUCGAGAGGGUGAACACAAGAACCAUCGAUCAAUUACUCUUGGAUUCAAUGCUUUGAAGAUUCAGCCAGACAUCACCGGCAAUAGCAAAAAAGAUAUCUACAUUCUCCACCUCAGUUAUCCAAAUGGUCUACCGGAUACAAUCACCUGGGAGGACCUCUAUGAAUGUAUGAACUAUGCCAAACCAGUAACAAUACCAAUGAAACAGAGCAAUAUUGAUCUGUUUGGCCUGAAUCCUGCUUGCGACUAUACUAGCUGUGUCGGAGAGGAAGUCAUUGUUGGAUGGUAA